GUAGCGGUUGAACGUCCGGGUCGCUGGUUAACGAACAGUCACUGCCAUUACCUACCACCCGCUUCUGUGAGAGAAAGGCCAAACAAAAUGCAAACAUCUCUAGUAAAUAUCGCUUUAUUUUCAGCUCUGCAGGUGCUGUUGUCUUUGACGUGCUUUCAAGAUGUUGUCGAGGCAGCGAGCAGCAGAGGGUUUGGAGAUAACAUCAGCUGGAGGACACUGGACGAUGGCAAGAAAGAGGCUGAGGCCAGCGGACUGCCGAUCAUGGUCAUCAUCCACAAGAGCUGGUGUGGAGCCUGCAAAGCACUGAAGCCCAAAUUUGCUGAGUCCAAGGAAAUCUCUGAACUUGCACACAACUUUGUAAUGAUCAACCUGGAGGACGAGGAGGAGCCAAAGGAUGAAGCCUUCAGCCCUGAUGGCGGAUACAUUCCUCGGAUUCUUUUCCUUGAUCCCAGCGGCAAAGUCCAUCCUGAAAUCACUAACAAGAAUGGGAACCCAAACUACAAGUACUUCUACAGCAACGCAGAGCAAGUUUUGUCCGGUAUGAAGGAGGCGCAGGAGAAGCUGACGGGCGACGCCUUCAAGCACGGUCACACUGGAGAUGAGCUGUGAGGAGGUGGCGUUGGGCAUCAGGCUGUAAGGGCUACACUUCCUCUACCUGAGCCUGAGCUUCAGAGCGCCCUGUAAUACCCCCCACCCCUCCGCCAACAACCCCUUUCACUAUUUAUACUCAUACUUGACAGUGGGGUCCACCUCACUGACCAAACCAAGCCAAUCACGAGAAGGCAUCGGUGCUUGAGUAUUUCUUUUUGUCUCGUACGGUUUUUCCAACAUCACCAGUCAUUCUCCCGCCACUGUCUUUGUUUUAAAACAUGUAUAUUUGUAAUGUACUGUUACUUAAAUGCCAUAUACUGUAUUGUCCGUCUGUAGAGGAUAUAAACAACUCAAGCUAGCCAAGUUAACUGCAGUGUUAAUUAUUAACUCUCAUCUGUUGUUGGAUGCAAACUUCACAUCUUUAAUAUGCCAAGUUUUUACCACCUAAGUAAAAUGCCUUGUUUGUCACUCGACAGCCAUGAAGUUUCAGUCUGUUUGGUUCUGAACAAGUUUCACAAACACAUUGUAGAAAAUGAAAUCCCUUCAGUGGAACCAGUAGACUUUUUUUUAAAUGUUUUCACCCAACAGCGAUGAUGCAGUAAUUCAUAAUAGUAAAGAUAAACACCUACAGUGAUGUGCUUCCAAAGAUCCUCUUCAGUACUCUGCGACUAUAUUCACCCUGCACUAAUAGAUAGGCUCUCUACUUCUGAUUUCUAUAAUCCACUUUCUUUAAAAUAAUAAUAAUUCAUUUAAUCCUGACAAUUUAUCUCUACUUAUUUAGCUAUAUCUGACUGCUUAUAUCUGUUCUGUUUGUUUUGCUGCUUGUGAAGUGACACCACUGUUUUUUUUUUGUUUUUUUUUUAAAACCAGCCUUGUUAAACUCUUUGAAUGAGGGAUGGAAACAUUGGUUAAGUGUCUCAAUGUAUUUUAUACAUGUACACAGCCAGGUGUGCAAAUAAAGUUUGUUGUAUUGA